GCCCCGAGGAAGCACGAUCAACCCCCGGAAGUGACAGUGGAAACACGACUGGCCCUAGCAUGCACCAGCACGCCUGCUAUUAGACCGACAGAGGAAACACGAUCAGAUCAUCCCACACAAAUCCAUCACUGAAGCUCCUCCCACAUCAGUCACAUCAUCAGUGAAGCUCCUCCCACAGCAAUAAAUGCUGGAAUAUCUCCUUCAGUUUCCAAGUGAAGACAAGCAUCAAAUCAUCAGAAGAGCUGAAAUCUGUAAAGACUGAGUUUAUUAAAGAGGACAGAGAGAAGAUGGGAGAUCCAGAACCCUGCAGAAUCAAACACACUGAAGAUACUCAAGAACAAACAAAGCUGAUCGAGGAGAACUGGAGAGAGGAGAAUGGAGAACUGAGUAAAGUGGAGGAGAAACGCCAUGAUAAACCUGGAGAAAAACCUGUGAGUCACUCAAAGACUAAAAAUAAUUUUUUAAAGACAAGAGGAGUCAAGAAAUCUUUCAUCUGCACUCAGUGUGGAAAGAGUUUCACACAAAAACAAAAUCUUGAUGGUCACAUGAGAGUUCAUACUGGAGAGAAACUGUUUACAUGUGAUCAAUGUGGGAAGAGUUACCCACGAUCAUCACAACUUAAGAGACACAUGAGGAGCCAUACUGGGGAGAAACCAUACUCUUGUGAUCAGUGCGGAAAGACAUGCGUAUACAAAGAAAAUCUUAAGAGUCACAUGAGAGUUCAUACUGAAGAGAAACCGUUCACAUGUGAUCAAUGUGGGAAGAGUUACCCACGAUCAUCAGACCUUAAGAGACACAUGAGUAUCCACACUGGGGAGAAACCAUACUGUUGUGAUCAGUGCGGAAAGACAUUCGUAUUCAAAGGAAAUCUUAAGAGUCACAUGAGAGUUCAUACUGAAGAGAAACCAUUCACAUGUGAUCAAUGUGGGAAGAGUUUCACACAAUCAUCACAACUUAAGAGACACAUGAGUAUCCACACUGGGGAGAAACCAUACUCUUGUGAUCAAUGUGGGAACAGUUUCAGUGGAUCAGGAAACCUUAAAGUACACAUGAGAAUCCACACGGGAGAGAAACCAUUCAUGUGUGAUCAAUGUGACAAAACAUUUCAUAGGGCAUCAGGCCUGAAGAUGCACAUCCUGGUUCAUACAAAGGAGAAGCCACAUUCGUGUUCUGAAUGUGGAAAGAGAUUUAAACAUAAGCAAAUGUUACAGGUACAUCAGAAAAUACAUACUGGUGUGAGAGAUUACAUGUGUUUUGAGUGUGAAAAGAUGUUCAUGUCAGCAUCCGGUUUAAAACUGCAUGAGAUGAUUCACACUGGAGAAAAACCUUACACAUGUAAUCAGUGCAGAAAGAGUUUCAGACAAAAGUCAUCUCUUAAGUUUCACAUGAGGGUUCACAUCAUAGAGGAGCUGCCCACGUGUGAAUAGUUUACCUAAAUUGAAAAUGAAAAUUCUGUCAUUAAUUACUAACUUUCUUGUCGUUCCAAACCCAUGAGAUCCUCAUUCAUCUUCAGAACACAAAUUAAGAUAUUUUUAUUAAAUCCUACAGCACUUUGACCCUCCAUUGACAGUAAGAAUUAUGGGUUGUGAAUGGCAUGAGGGUUAAUAAUGACAGAAUUUUAAUUUUUAAGGGUUAUUCUAACCUUUUAAGGGUUAGGGAAACAUUAUAUGGUGCACCUUCUGGAGCACUCAGGUUGUUCUGGGAAUUUUUAGGUGACUGUUACUAUAGGAUUUUCCCUCUAGGUCUCUACACAGCAUUCCCAUAAUGUUUAAAGGACAUAGAGUAUUAUUUCUUUGCUAGUCUUUAUGUCCUUCCAUCAUGUUUACUGAAUGUGCUCAAGAACCUUUAGUAACAUUACAGAGAACUGCAGGACUUAUUUUAUGCUUGCACUUGGUCUGCAGAACCAUAAUCAAGCAUAAGCACUGUCAUGCUUAACUAGGUGUAGAUGUAAUGAUGCACCUCGAGCCAUUUGAAAAUUGAUUCAAAUAUUUUACGAUUCUAAUUGGUUGAGAUGCUAAAUAAAUUGUGAAACAUCUGAGGGUAGGAGUGUAUAUGAAAGCAUCUCUGAGGGGAACUGACUGUCUUUAGAAAGGUUUAGAUUGCAUUUUCUUUUAAUCUUGUCUAUAAAUGACGCAUAUUUGAAGUAGUGUUCAUAAGUGCAGCACUACUUUGUUUACAGCGGUACCCCAGGAAAAUCUGUAUUGCUGCUGUUCAUAAGCGCCACCUGCUGACAGAGAGUGAUUUUGCAUCUCAUUCAGCUCAUCUGCUGUUUGUUUCGUGCAGAUAUUUUUUAUGAAUAGUUACACAUAAUGGAAGACCACAGGCAAAGCCUUAGUUUGCUUGUAUGAAGAGACUUAUUUUAUUUGUGUUACUUAUUAGAUUUUUUUCUUUUUAAUUGCUAAUUUAGUUGUUAUUUUAGUUUUACAAAGAAACUUGAAGCAUUUUGUUCAAGCAAUAGCCUAAUAAAAGGACAACUUUUGAUUUACUGUUUAAUUUGUCUCAUAUUUUAAAAGAAAUCUUGAAUUGUCAAAUAAAAAACGGGAAUUGUAUGAUAUCAUGAGCUGAAUAAAUGAUUACGUUACUUUGCUUAACACACAUACAAUGGGUAUGUGCAUCUGUGUGUCUAUACUGUCCAUAUUCAGGAGGUGCUGAAAGUUGUUCAUCUGCUGCCUGAAAAUAAAAUAAAAAAUACAU